GUUUCUGACAGAUAAAUAAAUUCUUUUUUUGGAACCAUACAUGUGUUUACGUGUGGUAUCCAAUAUUGUUUUAAUUUUAAAUAAUAAAUGAUCAUAAAAUAAACCAAAAUGAGUUUAUACAACUUUAAGAAGAUCGCUGUGGUCCCCACAGCUAAGGACUUUAUUGAUAUAAUUCUUUCAAAAACACAACGUAAAACACCUACAGUUGUACACAAACAUUAUAAAAUAACGCGAAUACGCGCAUUUUAUAUAAGGAAAGUUAAAUUUACACAACAGAAUUUUCAUGAUAGAUUAUCAAGGAUCAUACAGGAAUUCCCUAAACUAGAUGAUGUCCAUCCGUUCUAUGCAGAUUUAAUGAAUGUAUUGUAUGACAAAGAUCACUACAAACUUGGUCUCGGUCAGUUAAACACAGCAAGGCAUCUAAUAGAUAAUGUUGCAAAGGAUUAUGUGCGCCUACUCAAAUUUGGUGACUCAUUGUACCGCUGUAAGCAGUUGAAGAGGGCAGCACUGGGCCGUAUGGCCACCAUCAUGAAGAGACAAUCUGCUAACCUGACUUACUUGGAACAGGUACGGCAACACUUGUCCCGUCUGCCAUCUAUCGACCCAUACACCCGCACAAUUAUCAUCUGUGGUUUCCCUAACGUCGGAAAGUCCAGCUUUAUCAACAAGAUAACCCGAGCAGAUGUGGAAGUGCAGCCAUAUGCAUUCACAACCAAAAGUCUGUACGUAGGGCACACAGACUACAAGUACCUCAGAUGGCAAGUGAUUGAUACGCCCGGCAUCCUUGACCACCCACUCGAGGAGCGGAACGUGAUAGAGAUGCAGGCGGUGACAGCCCUGGCACAUCUACGGGCUGCUAUUUUAUAUUUCAUUGACCCUUCUGAACAGUGUGGCCACAGUAUUGAGGAACAGAUUUCCCUGUUUGAGAGCAUCAAGCCCUUGUUCUCCAACAAGCCGCUCAUAGUGGUGCUGAACAAGAUGGACGUCAUCAAGCCGGAAGAGCUGGCGCCCAACAAACGAGCGCUGAUCGAAGAACUGGAGGCCACCUGUGCCAAGGGAAAUCUUGUCAAUGCGGACACAAACUCAGAGCUGCGCACGGUGCCAGUGAUGCGCAUGUCCACUGUGACCGAGGUCGGGGUGCAGGAGGUGAAGAUUGAGGCCUGCGAGCGGCUGCUGGGACAUCGCGUCACUGAGAAGAUGAGGACCAAGAAGGUGGACGGUAUUCUAAACCGUCUCCACGUGGCGGUGCCUUCCCCCCGCGACAACAAGGCGCGCCCUCCGGUGUUACCCCCAGGGGUACAGGAGAAACGGGAGAAAAAAGCAGAAAGAGAGUCGAGGAAGCGGAAACUGGAGAGGGAGAUUGAGUUGGAGCAGGGAGAUGAUUAUGUAUUGGAUCUGCAGAAGAACUACUCUGAGAUAGCGGAGGAGGAGCGCCACGACCCUAUUCCAGAGUUCUGGGAGGGACACAACAUUGCAGACUACAUCGAUCCAGACAUAUUCGACAAACUGGCCGAGCUGGAGAAGGAGGAGGAGCUGCGUGUGGCGGGCGGCAUGUACGCCGUGCCCAAGAUAGAGCUCGACGAGACCAUGAAGGAGAUCCGCGAGCUGGCGCGACAGAUACGCAACAAGAAGGCGAUCCUGAAGGACGAGUCUCGGCUGGUGAAGCAGUCCACCAAGCCGGUGAUGCCUCGCACCAGCCGCGCGCGAGACCGCGACCGCUCCACCACCAAGCUGCGGGACCAGAUGGAGAAACUUGGCGUGGACAUGUCGGACACGAAGCAGGCCAACUUCACGAAGACGCGGUCGCGCUCGCGCUCGCAGUCCGCGCCCGUCGCCAAGCGCGCGCGCGUCGACUCGCGCGCGCGCUCCGUCAGCCGCCCCGCGCGCGACGAGCAGGGCGUCAAGGACGUGGCUAUGCAAAAACGUGCAAAGAACCUCGCGCACGUUGCCAUCGCGAGGAAAACGAAGAAAAUGGGUCUCAAGGGAGAGGCCGACAGAUUCAUCGGCACCAAGAAGCCCAAACAUCUGUUCGCAGGCAAACGCGGCGUCGGCAAGACAGACCGCCGAUAAUACAGUGCAAACAUUACUUUUAUGUAAUCAUUUGUUCGCAAAUACAAUAUAUUUUACCAAUAA